CCCCCCAGCCUUGUUUAUUGAAAGACAAUUUAGCUGAGAGCUGAUAAUUCCCAAUGAGGCUAAAGUCACACUUCAGGAGUUCAUUUUCCAUGUUAGCACUUUGCUGUUUUCUUUGAACUGCUCCAUUGAGACGCCCCCAUCUGAUGUGACAGCUGUGUAUAUAAAGGGUCUCCCCCCCCCCCUCUCUGGGGAACUUAUACACACUGGAGUUGGCUGUCACAGGUAGACUGAGGACCACCGAUACCAGCUCUGCAACUUCAUGGAGACUCUUCACCAGCCCAUUAUUAAAAUGGAAGCGGACUACACGCUGGUCUCAGACUCUGAUCCUGAAUCUGCUUAUUUAACCACCUCUUGGGACUGGAAAAAUAAUUCGGAAAACUACAGCCUGAGUGCAACGCCUUCCCCCCAGAGCUUGUCUCCUUCUGCCUCCUAUGAGUCUCAACUCUCUGGCUGCUCCAGGCCACCUAGCUUGGAGGACCUACCUUAUGGAGAUGACAUGAUGGCAUACAGGCUGUUGCAGUACCCUGAUGGUGAAUACCCACAUGACAUGGAAAAUGGCAAAGGAGGUCAUGGCAGACGUGGCCAGCACGGUCUAAAAGCUGCAAUGAGUACCCAGCGCAGAAGAAAGGCCAGCGAGAGGGAGAAGAUGAGGAUGAGAGCCAUAGCUCAAGCUCUUCAUGCCCUACGCAGGAAUUUGCCACCUGUCUACAGCCAGGGUAGACAACCGCUUACGAAGAUCCAGACGCUAAAAUGUACCAUCUCUUACAUUGAGCAGCUGACCAACCUCCUUAACGGCACCAAGGGUAAAUAGACUUAUUAACUUGAGCAGAACUUGGAUCAAUUGAGGCCCUCAACAAUACCAAGUCAUACUGAUAAUGGGCAAGCUUGCUGGUGGGUGAUCAUUCUAGCAAACCAAUAAAUGACCACUUUAAUGCCACCUGCUGGACUGCUGGACCCCCAUCUGAUGUCUUAAUGGAUCUUCAUGCUCAUGGCCAUUGUUGGUCUAUUGUUGGUUGAACAAUGCUAUCAUUUUAUCAUUCGCAACUGCUGAAGACAAUGUCUGGACAUUUUUCACCAACCAUAUCCUGGAUCUUCAUGCUCAUGACUAACAAUCAUUGACCAAUUUGAUGUUCUAAUAUUGGUUGGACAAUGCCAUCUUUCGCCAAUGCAAAUUACAAUGUCUGGACAUUUUCCAUAUCCUGGAUCUUCAUGCUCAUGACAAACAAUCAUUGACCAAUUUGAUGUUCUAAUAUUGGUUGGACAAUGCCAUCUUACGCCAUUGCAAAUGACAAUGUUUGGACAUUUUCCAUAUCCUGCAUA